UGUUGCGGCACGGCACAACGUGAAGGGAAGAAGUUGCUUUACAAUAGAUACAUAGUUUUUGGGGAGACCUAUAGGCUAUAGCUGGGUGCAUUGUACGUAGGAAUUAUAUGGAUCGAUUUGUCACUAUUUGAACUCCCAGCUAAAAUAGAUUUAUCGAUAAAAACUUUGUGUCUGGUCUGGUAUAUACCCCUAAUCAUAUUUGGCUAAUGGUUUGAUGAUUCGAUUCCUAACAAAAAUGGUGAAACUAAAUGAGAUACCUGCAAAUGGCGACUGGGAGUGGCCUGUCACGUUGGGCUUUUUUUAUUAGGAGAGAAGCCUAGAAGAAAUUAUGACAAUGGGCAGAAGAAACAAAUCUUUAUUUUCUUCUAAAACACACACAAAUUUCAGUAUACUCAAAAUAUUUCGCUACAUUAUUGUUUUGGACUUUUGGUAAUUAAAUAGUUUCCUAUAGGAAAAUUUACAAUACGUAGUUGGAUUUUCAAACUUUUAGAGGUGAUAAUUGAGGAUGCAAAAGAAAAAUAUAUUAAAAGGGAAUACAAUUGCUUCCGAUGAAAGAAUGGAACACCAAGAAGAGUGAGGUUGAAUGGAGGCUCAGUUCACCAUUCUUUCAGAGCAGGCACUCUGUGACAAGAACAUAGAUCCUUGCACCAUAGAAGAUGAUCUGAUGAAGCUGUUUGAAGUGGAAGCUUACAAGGCAUGGGCAGCCAUGGAAUUGGAACAAGAAAAGGAAGUUGAAGAAGCUGAGGAACAUCUCAACACUUCUAUGGAAGAAUUCCGACGUUUCGAAGAGGAAAUGAAUGAGAUGGCUAAAUCUGAGUAUGAUAGUCUAAUGAUGGUGUAUAAUAGCUAUAUAUUGUUCUGAUGAUAAAGGCACUAAUAUAUAGAGAGGUACAAGGUAAAGCCCAAUCUUUGAGUUCAGUUUGCCAGUGUCUAGUUAUCGAUUAUAUGCGAAACAACAAAAGUAGUCCUUCAAUAUUAUUACAUAUAGAGCUACUAUUAUUUUCGUGAACUGAGGUUGUCACUUAGCACAGCCUUUUUAUUUGGAAGUAGAGAACCUCUUCCAUUCACAUAUAUAGUUCUUCUUUCUUAGAAAAUAUACUUCACAACUCCCGGAAUGUGAGUUUCCAUGAGGUAUUUUUCCCACUGAAUGGUUGUCGGAUCAAA